AUGUCUGAGUUGACUGAGAAGCUGGAGAUUCCGGAGGUCCAGGAGGAUAUGGAGGAGCUGGGUGAGGAUGCACUCGGAUUGGGCGACAUUGGUGUCAAGGCUUGGAAGGAUAAAACCCAUGCCUGGCUCUGUCAGUGCCUAGUUGCCAGGUUGGGGGCAUUCAGAUGGGCCUUACAUCAAAUCUCUGGGGUCCACAAUGGCAUGGACCAAAGGACUGAGGAGCAGUGGGAAGAUGCCUACACUCUGCUGAAGCAAGGCAGGACACUCCCAGAGGGGUUUUAUGUCCAGGAGGCCAUGUGGCACCAGCUAGUGGCUGUAGCAGCCAUUGUACAGCAUUUUUUCACAAGGGAAUGCAAUCCCAUGUGCUCUAGCCCAGAGGGAAUGGCCAUUAUCGAUGAGGUGGGGCUGGGAAAGACCCUAGAGGUUAUCCUUUCAAUUUCUUUUCUCAUUGGGCUUGUCGAUGGGAGAAAAGCACAGAAAGCUGACCCUCCCAUUCUUGGUAUGGCCUUCCUUCAUUGUAAUCAGCCAUAUCUUUCUGGCCAUUCCGAAGUUCCAAACUGGCCUCAUCUCAUCAUUGUUCCCAACACAUUGGUGCCACAAUGGAAGCAUUCUCUUACUUGCUGGCUGAAGCCUGCAAGUGCAGAUGUACUGGUGUAUGCAGAGGGAAAACAAGCAAGGAACGAAUUUUGGGCCCCAAAUGGGCCUUAUGAGAGUUCCUUGUUCAAAAAGUGGUUGGUUUGGAUCAUUUAUACCAGUCAGGAUAAAGGUUUGAAGGCAGGGAGUUCCAAGCAGUCUCCCUGGAUUCCUGUGCCAUCUACUGCCAGGCCCACAUCUUCUACCCAUAUCCACAAGCACCAGUUGCUGUCUAUAUUGGUGGAUGAAGCACACCUAUAUCGGAACAACAUCUCCCCCCUACUUUCCAUUGCCCAGUCUUGUGCUAUGUUGGUCGCACUCACUACCACACCAUUGUUCACUGGUCAUAGGGAUCUUCUAUCCAUCAGCCAUCUUCUGAACUUCAAAGACCUCUGCUCAGGGGCUGCAAUGGACAAGAAUAAGGUCUUUUCCAGUAGCAUUCAAAAGGCCCAUGCUGCCCACUGUAAAGCAUUGGGUGACAUGGAGGAUCAAACUUCCACCACAGAGACCAAUGAGCUCAGAAACCUGGUCAAUGCACAACUGGAACCAGUUUCAUGGUUGAAAGGCUCUUUUAAGAGUCAUUUGAUUCAUUGCACUGGGGAGUCUAGGGGAGAGCCGCUCAUUGGGCUGUGUGCUCACAAGUGCUUGGUCAUCAAGAUCACCUUAUCACCCAAUGAGAUGGGUUUGAUCGAGCAAGCGCACAAGGACUGCAAAGGUGAGGGAAGAAGGGAUGGUGCUCUUUUUGAUCCUUGGGCAUUCUAUUCUGGACCACGGCAGGAAAACAUGUCUCCAGGACUAGACAAGAAUUGUGGGUUUGACCUGCAAGAGACUUGGAAGGAGAAGGGUGGAACCAAACUCAAGGCUCUUGAUCAACUUUGGAGCUCUCAAGAUGAGCGUCAGGUCAUAGGCCAUGUGCAAUGGAAAGGGCAAACCAAGAAGGUCACAGUAGUCUGGCUGCUGGCAGAUGGUACCACAGAUACUUUACUGUAUCAGUUUGCCCAGGGAAAGGCAAGGCAGAGUGAAACAUUUUCCAAAGCUAAAGCAUUUUUGGCAUUGAACAACGAUGAAGAUAGUGAUGGGGAUACAAGUGACAGCGGCAUUGACGAUCGCUCUCCUUCCAUUGUGCAAGCGAAAGGGAAAGGGACAAGCCACAAGAGGAAGAGAAGCAACGAUGUUGCUGACAAAGGAAAGAAGCAGAAAACAAAGGGGGGUUUCAAGGGAAAAGAAGUUGCCGCCCCCCCAGCACUUUCCCCAAUCCUCUACUGUCAUCUUCAAAGGGAGAAGUCCCACUCCCUUUAG